AUGAGUGAAGAUAAACCAACCGAGACUGUGGAAACUGCUCCUGCGGAGGGGAACGCUAUACCUAAUGGGAAAGGUCAUGACCCCGGUGAGGACAUCACCGCGUCGGCCAAAAGCCCAGCAGCAGAGGACAGUGGAAAAGAAACUGUACCAAAUAGUACCCAGAAUGACAGUCCUCCCAGAACUGAGAACAGUGCGGUCAACCUCCCAGAGAGCCAGGAGUUCUUAUCCGAGGUGGAGGACAAAAAUACCAUACGCUUCACGGAUUUUGAAGGAAAAACCUCGUUCGGGAUGUCAGUCUUCAACCUGGGCAACGCCAUCAUGGGAAGUGGAAUCCUGGGUCUGGCGUUCGCCAUGGCCAACACAGGGGUCGUCCUGUUUCUGGUCCUUCUGACAGUGGUGGCCGGCCUCUCAGCAUAUUCCAUCCAUUUGCUGCUGAAGUGUUCUGGUAUCGUGGGUAUUCGUGCGUAUGAGCAGCUCGGCCAAAGGGCCUUUGGGACCCCGGGGAAAAUGGCGGCAGGUAUUGCCAUCACACUGCAGAACAUUGGAGCCAUGUCCAGUUACCUGUACAUAGUCAAGUCCGAGUUUCCUCUGGUCAUCCAGGCCUUUCUGAAUGUGGAUAAACCUGCAGGUGAAUGGUACAUGAAUGGAAACUACCUGGUCAUCAUUGUAUCUAUUGCCGUAAUAUUACCACUGGCUCUAAUGAAACAGCUCGGAUACCUGGGAUACACGAGCGGCUUCUCCCUGUGCUGCAUGGUUUUCUUCCUCGUUUCGGUCAUCUACAAGAAGUUCAACAUCCCUUGUCCGUUUGUGGACUUUGUAUUCAACGGAACCGCCAGCGUCCUGAACAUCACUGCUAUAGACCCUGGCGUGGAGGAGAACCCUGCUUGUAUUCCCAAAAUGGCCAACCUCAACUCGCAAACGGCCUACACCAUCCCUAUCCUGGCGUUCGCCUUUGUGUGCCACCCUGAGGUCCUGCCCAUCUACACCGAGCUGCGCAAUGCCACCAAGAAAAAGAUGCAGCAUGUGGCCAACAUCUCCAUUGCAGUCAUGUACAUCAUGUACUUCCUGGCUGCACUAUUUGGAUACCUAACUUUCUAUGGUGAAGUGGAAUCUGAGCUGCUUCACACCUACAGCCGCAUCGACCCGUACGACAAUCUGAUUCUGUGUGUGCGCGUGGCCGUGCUCACUGCUGUCACACUCACUGUACCCAUCGUGCUCUUCCCUGUCCGGAGAGCCCUUCAGCAGAUGCUGUUUCCCAACAAGACCUUCAACUGGCCUCGCCACAUCGCCAUCGCUGUCAUUCUGCUCACGCUCAUCAACCUGCUCGUCAUCUUUGCCCCCAGCAUCCUGGGCAUCUUUGGGAUCAUUGGUGCCACAUCUGCCCCCUGUCUCAUCUUCAUCUUCCCUGCUGUCUUCUACAUCCGUAUUGUUCCCAAAGAAGAGGAGCCGCUGAGCUCGUGGCCCAAAAUCCUGGCUUUCAUUUUCGCUGGGAUUGGCUUCCUGUUUAUGAUAAUGAGCCUCAGCUCUAUCAUCAUUGAUUGGACAUCGGGCUCCAGUACAGCCAGCAGUGGUCACUAG